UGAAGAAUCUUGUCCUCAGAGUGAAGAAAUUUGUCCUGAGAGUGUGAAACCUUGUCCUCAGAGUGAAGAACCUUGUCCUCAGAGUGAAGGACCUUGUCCUGAGAGUUUAAAUAACCUUGUCCUCAAAGUGAGGAACCUUGUCCACAGUGUGAGGAACCUUGCCCUCAGAUUGAAGAACCUUGUCCUCAGUGUGAGGAACCUUGUCCUCAAAAUGAAGAACCUUGUCCUCCGAGUAAAGAAUCUUGUCCUCAGAGUGAGGAACCUUGUCCUCAGAGUGAGUAACCUUUGUCUUCGGAGUAAAGAACCUUGUCCUCAGAGUGAAGAACCUUGUUCUCAAAGUGAGGAACUUUGUCCACAGUGUGAAGAACCUUGUCCUCAGAUUGAAGGACCUUGUCUUCAGAGUGAGGAACAUUUUCCUCUGAUUGAAGAACCUUGUCCUCAGAGUGAGGAACCUUGUCCUCGGAGUGAAGAACAUUGUCCUCAGAGUGAACAACCUUGUCCUCGGAGUGAAGGACCUUGUCCUCAGACUGAAGAACCCUGUCCUCAGAGUGAAGAACCUUGUCCUCAGAGUGAAGAACCUUGUCCUCAGAGUUCAAAUAACCUUGUCCUCAGAGUGAGCAACCUUGUCCUUAGAGUCAGGAACCUUGUCCUCGGAAUGAAGAACCUUGUCCUCAAAGUGAAGAAUCUUGUCCUCAGAGUGAAGAAAUUUGUCCUCAGAGUGAAUAACCUUGUCCUCAUAGUGAAGAACCUUGUCCUCAGAAUGAAGAACCUUGUCAUCAAAGUGAGGAACCUUGUACACAAUGUGAGGAACCUUGUCCUCAGCGUGAAGAACGUUGUCCUCCGAGUGAAGAACCUUGUCCUCAGAGUUUAAAUAAGCUUGUCCUCAAAGUGAGGAACCUUGUCCUCAAAAUGAAGAACCUUGUCCUCAGAGUAAAGAAUCUUGUCUUCAGAUUGAGGAACCUUGUCUUCAGAGUGAGUAACCUUUGUCCUCAGAGUAAAGAAGCUUGUCCUCAGAGUGAAGAACCUUGUCCUCAAAGUGAGGAACUUUGUCCACAGUUUGAAGAACCUUGUCCUCAGAUUGAAGAACCUUGUCUUCAGAGUGAGGAACAUUGUCCUCAGAUUGAAGAACCUUGUCCUCAGAGUGAGGAACCUUGUCCUCGGAGUGAAGAACAUUGUCCUCAGAAUGAAGAACCUUGUCAUCAAAGUGAGGAACCUUGUCCACAGUGUGAGGAACCUUGUCCUCAGCGUGAAAAACGUUGUCCUCAGAGUGAAGAACCUUGUCCUCAGAGUUUAAAUAACCUUGUCCUCAUUGUGAGGAACCUUGUCCUCAGAUUGAGAAUCUUGUCGUCAGAGUGA